AUGGGGUCAACAGCAUUUCUUUCCCCCUACACAAAUGACUCCGUCUCCGACCUCCUCAUAACCGUCCGCUUCUCUGCUUCGAUCCCUGAUCUCCCACUCGACGUCCCAGAACCGGAGACCACAACAGGCGCAGGACUCAAACAACUAAUUCGCGCAGAGCUUCCAUCCUCCCUCUCAUCCCAUCGCCUACGCCUGAUCUACGCCGGCCGCGGUAUAGAAGAUACAACCGCCCUAACAACCUCCCUCAAGCUCCCGCCUUCCCCAUCUAGAACUCCGCGAUCCGCAGCAGAAGAUGAAGAACAGGACGGAAGCCUGGAAAAUGGCGCGGAAAAUUCCUCCGAAUCUAAGUCCAGAGAUAAAGGCAAACAACCUGUUCGCGACCAACGCCCAAGAAUAUACAUACACUGCUCAAUAGGCGAUAUCGCGCUUUCGGAUGCCGAUCUAGCUGCAGAAGCUGAUGUAGCUUCGACGUUGCUACAAAGCCAGAAAGAAGACGAAAAUGUCUCCAGGUUACUCUCUACAUCUACAAUCCCUCAUCGUAGCGGCUCCUCCGUCUUUCCGUCUCGCUCGGCCGCGCCUGAAAUUACUACCACCCCUGCACCUCGUGGUUUUGAUCGUCUCCUAACGGCAGGCUUUACCGCUGCAGAAGUAACGGCUCUCCGGUCACAAUUUCUGGCUGUGCAGUCUGUCUCCCGUACGCCGGACACUAUGCCUAGUGGUGAAGAGCUCCGCGAUCUUGAAGAUCGGUGGAUGGAUGAGGGUUCGACUGCUGCGGGGAUGAUGGGUGGGGGUGAAGGUGCGGGUGGUGGCGAUGAUGAUGGGGGUUUAGGGUCGGGGUCGAGAAGUGCGAUGGACGAUAUGCUUUGGGGUGCGGUUAUGGGCUUCUUUUGGCCUAUUGGAUGUGCGAUGUGGUUGCGGAGGGAGGAGGGUGUUUGGUCUUGGAGGAAGGGGGUCGCAGUCUUUGUGGGGGUUCUUGUCAAUGCAGCUUUUGGGGCCUUGAGGAUUAUGAAUUAG